AUGCAUCCAGAUAUUGAUAAAACUGCUGACCAAGGGGACAAGGAUGCUAAUCAGGUGCAAAAUGAUGAUAAGGAGAAGAAGGAACAGCCUAGGCAAGAACAAAGGAAGAAGGAGAAUAAAAGAGGUUAUAGAGGAUGGCAAAAACCUAUUCAGAAGUUUCUUCCUAAGGUGUUAUCUAGUGGUAAGUUGGUGACUUAUUCUGGAUCAAAGAGUUAUGUAGAAUCAACUGGAGGGGAAAACAAAGCUGAGCAUAGCAAUCCUAAUGGUGAUGAGGGUAACAAGACAAAGAAUCAAGAUUUAGUGGUCAGCACUAACAAGUUUGAUGUUCUAUCAAUAAUUAAUGAGGAGGAGGAAUCCAGCAAAUUCAAUAAUGCAGCAGAAGUGGUUAUUUCCAAUGUAGAAAAUGUUAUUCAGGAAAGUGUUGAGGAUCAGGUGGUAAGCAUCUCUGAAAGAUCCCUAGCUGGUACUGAUGAACAGAAGAAAGAGGGAGGGGAUACUGAAAGCUCUCCAUCAAAUAUAACUGAAGUGGUAGAGAAGGAGGCAAUUCAAAAUGUCUCAGGGCCAAGUGAGGUGGAGAAUGGGAAGGUUUUUCAAGAAGGUGAAGAUAUUGCUCAACUAGGAUGUAAGGAUAGUACUGAUGAGGGUGAAGAUGAUAUCACAAAGGAAGCAAGUGAAAUUAAUCAGCUGCCAAUAGCAAAAGAAGAUUCAGGUGUCAUUUUACCAAUUUGCCAUGAGGAUCAGGAUGUAAUGGAAUCCUCAGGGCUAGAUAUAGUCCUCUAUCAAGAGAAUGAGAAUGAAGAGAUGAGUAAUGAUCCAGUGGUAAUGGAUGAAUGUAGUAAAACAGCUCAUAUUCCCAAUGAAGGAAAGGAGAUCAUAGGACUGGAAAAUAGCAUUCAUGAGGAUCAUAUUGUUGACAAUGCUAGAUUAAAGGAUGAAGUUUUGGAUGAAGAAACAGUAGAUGCAGAGAAGGAGAGCAUUGUUAAUACAGAAGAUGAAAAAAAGAAUUCGCAAAGUAGCCAACUUGAAGAUGCUUAUUCUAAAGGCAAGAAUUCAGACCUGAGCAGGAUAGAAGAAGAGGAUGUACUGCGGCACAAAACUGAUAUAUCUAAAGCUACUGAUGUGAUUCACAAAGAAGUCAACACGUAUAAGAAGGGCAAGAAGACCAGGAAGGGUGGAUAA